AAAACCGAAUGAAGCUAAUGGCCGACAACUAUGAGGAUGACCACUUCAAAUCUUCCCAUUCCAAUCAAACAAAUCAUAAGCCCUCCCCAGACCAGAUCAUCCAGCCCCUCUUAGAACUUGACCAAAAUAGAAGCAAACUGAAGUUGUAUAUUGGACACCUGACAGCCCUCUGCCACGACCGAGACCCCCUGAUCCUUCGCGGACUCACUCCACCAGCUUCCUACAACCUGGACGAUGACCAGGCAGCUUGGGAGGACGAGCUGCAGAAGAUGACCCGGGAACAGCUUCAGAGUGAGCUAGAGAAAGGUGAGCGGGACAACGCAGAGCUGCAGGAGUUCGCCAACGCCAUCCUCCAGCAGAUAGCAGACCACUGCCCCGACAUCCUGGAGCAGGUGGUCAACGCGCUGGAGGAGUCCUCCUGACGCGCCGCGGAGCCGGGAGGGGAACCGCGAGGGACAGGCCCCCAGGGCCUUCGUGGCACCAACGCUGCGCCCGGCGUCCCGCCCCGCUCGCUCGCAGAGCGCGAUUCCGGCACGUUCCAGCCCGUCAUCUCCCUCCGGCCCUCUGCUUUGGACGCGGCCCCCACGCGGAGCUCCGGACGUCCGGGUGGGUCAGCAGCCGAGUCUCUCGAGAACUGCCAUCCAGUCGUCCACGGUGGGCGCCGGAAGCUGGUGGCUCCGCCCUGCAGGGGUUGGGCAGAGAGUCCCCGCUCCCCCCGCCUUUGUCUGAGAGCAAAGCCUGGAACCUCCUCGGAGGUCAGCGGGUGGAGAGGCUGCCUCUCGCCGUCCGGAGAGCCGAGUGUUCACUGUCACAAUAGGUGCUUUCUCCUAAAGGGAAAAAAAUCUCAGAAAGAGUUUUAGAAAAAGAGAGAGUGGGCAAAGAGCAAACAGGGACAAAGAGAAACCAACUCCCCUCGCUGCCUCUCUGCUUCCUCCCCACGUGUGGCGUUUGUAUGGGGAGCCAGGCAGAGGCCUCACCCCUGUCCUCCCCCAGGUCCGGGCCUCGCCCGCCCCACCCUGCCCCUCAGCCAGCUGUCAGCAGGACGGCGGGAGCAGUGACCCCAAUCUCUCCGUGUGAGACCUUCGACCUUACCAUAAUUAGUUGUUAAGUAAAAUGUCAAUGGAAAGAGAAGAGAGGUUUGACAUAACGAAGCCCCGUCAUCCCUGCCUGCAGCUUUGCCCCUCUAGAAGGUUCCUCAGGCUGGUUUCCCCCAACUGUCUCUGGGAUGCGCCUGCCCUGCCGGCACCCAGGCCCGCGCCUUGCUGCCCGGCGGGGGCUGAGGUUGAAGAUCCCUCGCGCCCUUUCAGCUUUGCUCCUGACUUGCCCUCUCAGAACCGGCCUCGUGCAUGCCUGGAACCUUCUUCCGGCACAAGUGAGGCUUCUUAUCCCACACAUUCCCGUCUCCGUGCUUUGAUCCAGGGGGUAUCUGUGCAAUGCCUGCCGCGCACAAGUCACCACGUUCGGCAGCCGCUCUUGAAAGUCCUCUUCAGGGCAGGAGCGGUGCCGUGGGUCCCCGGGGCAUGCCUGCUUGAGUCAAAGCAGCGAAAAGCACAUCCUUCCCCUCCCGCAUCUUAAUAGAAGGUACCGUUUCUAGAAAAGUCUUUCAUAAGUGAGCAUUUCUCAUCGCUCAUGAUAAGGGAACUGAUAGGUUUGAGGGGCCCAGUCGCCUCGUCACCUAUGGGGUACCGUUUGGUAAUUGAGGGUGUUUGCUGUCUGCUGUUGUUACCCUCAGGGGGCCGUGGGUGGCUGCUCCCUGCCCAUCUGCACGUGCCUCGGGACCCAGCCCGCUCCCCGUCACAAAUCAGAGCGUUGGCCCCAAAGCUGCAGAUCCAGUUGAAGGUGUUGGCACGUGGAAGGGCACUUUUCCCAAGCACAGACAGUGGCCGUCGUAAAUAAUCAGGUUCCAGGAACUAGACCUCCUCUGCCGCCAGCAGCCCACCAGACACUGAUGUCUUCCGAGGGGAGUUGCCGGACACAGGUUCUGUCUUGCACUUUCCCCUCCCUUCCCCAGUCUCUCAGAGCCUCACGGUGCCCGUAGGUCAGCACGGCUGUCGGUGCGGGGCCUUCCCGCCACCAGGCCUAGACGGCCGCGUCCGUCUGUGUGGUCAGCUCUCCCGCCCCCCUCGCCCCGUGAGAGGCCGCGGGUGCUCCUCACCGAAGGCCCAGAUGGCCUCUGCGUAAACCUCCUGCUCAGAGGCUUCCUCACCCACCGCCAGGCUGGCCGCAGGGGGCAGGGGCUAGUGGCAAGCAGUGGUCACUUGCGGUUAAUGACCUCAAGUCUGUGUGUAUUGCACUGCCCAUAAGUCGGACAGAAAGUCCCAAGUACUUCGGGCCAGGGUGUUAGACUCUCCCCGUGUCCCCCAUAAUACAGAGAGCUCAGGUGUGACGACAGCCUUCGCAGGGCCGCAGCAGGACAGAGCAGGGAGCCGUGCCUGAAGCAUGGCCCGGCCGGCUGGCUGUCCUGCAGCUGGUCAGGCGGGUCUCCCCACCCCCGUCGGGCCCUUGUUGUCAGGCAGGGCACCUGCACCCCCGCCCACGCAGCGCGUGACUGUCACUGCACCUCCUUCCUUCUCUCACCCUCCCCCGUUACCUCCGCUCCAGAAAACUUACAGAAGCCCUUUGUGACAAGUGCUUCUGAGCAGGAAAAUCCCCGGGACAGACACCUCUGGGCUCUGUGAGCAGCAGGGAAGCUCCGUGAUGCUUCCGGAGCCCUGAUCUGGCAUCUCAAGUGAUGCGGGGACUGUGCGGCUGGAGUUUAGGGUGAGCACGUCCUGCCGUGGCGUCAGUGCAGUCUCUGGCGUUUGGAGUGUCUACUUAAUCUGGACCACGCGCUGAGCACGACUCUGAUCACACCAGGACUUGUCGUUCCAUGACCUUCUUCCGGUAUUCACGGUUUCACAAGGUCACUCAGCUGCUACUGACAGUCGGGAGCCUUGAAGACUCACUGCCGGAUGCCGGUAACGCCCCCAACGCCCCCGUUCCACAGGCCAGUCCCCUCGCCCUCCAGUGCCUCGAGAAACACCCCAAAUCAAGGUCGUCAUGAACAGGGCGAGACGAGCGGGUAUGACCCAGCCUGGGGCCCGUGACCGAGGAAGUGCGGGGCGAGUUUCUCAUCUCGUGACCUCUGUGCCAGGCCCGACGAGUCACCGAUGAAGGAUCUGAAUGGAAACUUGCGAGGACUUGGGUGCCAUUUGAAAUGGGAAAGAUUUUAAAUGGGCUUUAACCUACUCAGAAAUAGGAAUGGGAACCCCCAAAUUCGCCUCAGCUCUAGCCGUCGCCCCUGCACCUAACAAUCAAGAUCUGAGUCGCCUCUCUCGUCCUUGCACUCGGGCUUUGGAAAUGGCGGCCAAGCAGACUGGCCCAAGACCACUGCCGGCGUCGAUGGUGGCCACGCGACGUGCCAUUUUUGGUCAGUUAAAGUCUGUUCGGCUUCCCAUGAGGAGCCCGUGGGCUCGCCCUCUGCCCAGAGUGAGGGAAGAGGAAGGGAACGUCCUCACAAAGUCCUCGUCAGCUGCCGAGGUCGUCCCUCCAGUUAACGGUCAGGCUUGUGAAGGAAACCAGAAUCCGUCACCGCAGAAUGUCACUCUCUGAGCACCCCGUCGUCGGCAUUUGGAUUUGCCGCUGGAGCGUCCUGCUCCUCCCGGAGUCCUCCUGGCCGCCUUCCUGAAGCUCAGGCACCCGCCGGCCACCUCUGCGGGAAGAGCGACGCAGGGAACGCGUCUCCGGAGAGGCAGCCCUCCCGUGGCAUUUCCCGCGUGCCAGCGGACCCCGCGUCGGCAGCACCAGAGACUGUCGUGUCUGCCCCAACCUCGCGUCCCCCUGCAGGAGUGCGGAGGUGUGAGAGAGGGACGGGAAGAGGCAGACUGCAGAGCAGCAGCCGCGCCGCGGUGCCGGCAGGGCCCAGCCCCGGGCUUCUCGGGAGGGGACUCUAACUGUUGAAAGCAAUGUUUCGAGAGAACCUGGAGUCCCCCGUGUGAACUAAGGGAACGCACAGGCGAAAAACACGCACGUGGAAAUCCUUCUGAACAAAAUGGCUGUCUUCACCGACUCUUUUUAAGCAAAAACUGUUUCCAAACUUUUUAGUGUCAAAGCCGUAACCAGGUGUCUCCUGACUUUUCCCAUUGUGUUUGGCGAGUGCUGUGACCCUGUCGUAGGUAUUUCUCCUCCGGACUCGGGGGCGAAGUGGUUUGGGGAUUGAUUUUGGGGAGCGGGUUUUCAUCCCAUCCCACCUCUGCUGUCUCUCUGCUUGUCGAUAUUGUCUGUGUUACUCAGAGAACUGGGGCAGUAAUGUGUCCAUUAUUGAGAUUAUUAAAAUAUUAAGUAGUUGUAGAACUGAAAAGUUAAAGAGCUGUGUUUAAAACUGCAAACCAGUAUCAUGUUAAUAAAGGAAUUCAAGCUAUGGGGCAGCCACACUCCUCCCGUCCUGCCAAGGGAGGUGGCAGCGGGGCUGGCAGCUCGGGAAACACAGUGGCCUGCUCCAGGCAGGCGAAGCCUGGGGAGAGAGGCGACUUCUGAGUCAAAGGAACGCGAAUCUGGGGGCUCAGAGACUCUCAGUUCUGCCAGGAUUUUCCUGCCCAUCCUCAGGACUUGUCGGCCGAGGUUUCACAGUCUGUGACCCUAGAACCAGCCUCGCCCACGUCGGUCCCAGCUCAGUGUGCCCGAUUCCCUGUGGUGACCUGGGCUCGAGCCCAGCCCCACACCAGCAGGCCGCAGGGCCUCGCUCCUGCCCACUUGGUGCUAUAUCACCCAGUGGCCCGUCCUGGGCGGGCCAAGCGCGGGCCAGCCUGCAGCCCGCGGUCCGGGCGGGAUGCCGCGUCCUCCUGUCUCGUUCCUUCUGGCUUCAGGCCCUCGAUUCUUUCCCUGUGAGCUUUGGGACCCCAGAUCUCCCAGGCCAGGGCUGACGCUCUCAGCCCCAGAGGUGCCGCGUCGGGAAGGGAUGCGAACCCUGCUGACGCCAGGGGAUCUGCCCCUGGGCCGGAGCCAGCCCUCUGGGUCCCAGCUCCUUCCCACGCCACACCAGCAUCGCGCCGUCCGAGGCGCAGCUAGGCCUGGCGAGGGCGCCACACCGCCAGUCUGGCCUGCCCGCCCCGUGGCAGGGCCAGCCCCGGACCUGCCUCGCACGCCCAGGUGUCCGGCACGGGCCGGGCGCACCCCCCUGGGCUUCGGAAGAGAAGUGCCAGCUCCCGCGGGGGCGGAGGGGCGCUGGGUGCUGCCCCCGUAGCUUGAGUUCCUGACGCAGAUGCGCGCGCUGCCUUCACCCGUGCGUGUGUGUUCCUGCCGGAGUCGCGUUACUGACGGGAUGACGUCACGGAGAAAUUGUGUGAUGUUCAACUUGGCCUUGAUAAUUAUUGUAAACACUCUGUUCAUUUUUUCUUUUGUAUUCACAAACUAAAUCCAUCAGGAAAUUAUAAAGUUAUUUAAAA